GGCUCAGCAACUCGGGGGAGGGGGGGAAGGAAGGUCUAGGCCCGGCUGAUGUUGUUUUGGUAGGCCUAUUGCAGAGAAGAGGUUGGGCUAGUGUGUUCUCUGAGGUUGCGGAGGCGUCCUCAUGCAUUUCGCUACGACUCCAUGGCGGAGGACCAAGAUAUGGGGCCACUAGGAAACGUUCCUACAUUCUACCAGGAAUUGGACGACCAGGCGCCCUUCGACGGUUGGCUCAACGAGGACGAUGGAACGCUCGUAUUCAUCCGGGUUAACUCUAAAGAUAUUAUCUACAAGAACAAGAAGAAAAAGGCCAAAAUGAUCGGCAAAUACAUCAUGGGUGACGUUCUCGGCGAGGGAUCUUACGGCAAGGUCAAGGAGAUUCUGGACUCUGAGACACUCUCCAGGAGGGCUGUCAAAAUUCUCAAGAAGAGAAAGCUUCGUAAAAUUCCCAACGGAGAGCAGAAUGUACAGCGGGAAAUGAAGCUUCUACGACAGCUAGACCACAAGAACGUGAUUAAGCUGGUAGACGUUCUGUACAACGAGGAAAAGCAGAAGAUGUACAUGGUGAUGGAGUACUGUGUAUGUGUGAUGCAAGAACUUCUAGACAGUGUUGACGCGAAAAGGUUUCCUAUUUGGCAAGCUCACGGUUACUUCUGCCAACUUCUCGAUGGUUUGGAGUACCUACACAGCAUGGGUAUAGUGCACAAAGAUAUUAAGCCUGGUAAUCUUUUGCUCACAAACUGUGAAACGCUCAAGAUAUCCGAUCUCGGAGUAGCUGAGGCCCUAGACCGCUUUGCCAAAGACGACACUUGCCACACGAGCCAGGGAUCACCCGCGUUCCAGCCUCCGGAGAUUGCCAACGGAUUGGAAAGCUUUUCGGGGUUCAAAGUGGACAUCUGGUCUUCGGGUGUUACGCUGUUCAACAUAACAACUGGCCAAUACCCGUUCGAAGGUGACAACAUCUACAAGUUGUUCGAAAACAUCGGCAGCGGGACGUUUGAGGUGCCGCAAGACGUAGACGAACUCCUGUCCGAUCUCCUCCGCGGAAUGCUCCACAGGGACCCUAAGCAGAGGUUCUGCCUGCAGUUUAUUAGGUCACACUGCUGGGUGCGCAAGAAGCACCCGCGAAUGCUGAGGGAGCAUGUCGGCAUUCCGCAGCGGAGCGACAGGGACAGCCUGCGCUCCAUGACCGUGAUUCCCUACCUCCAGGACCUGUACACCCCACCUGGAGGGGAGGAUGGUGAGGACGACGACGAUUCGCAGGAGUAUUACACGGAACACGACCUCCAAGAGCUGCGGCAGCGGGAGCAACUCGGAGAGUCGCAGGCACAGGGCGGUCGCAGGCGGCACGCCCACAGAGCCAGGGGUGCCCUGCAGGGUCUGCUAGGACGCACAAAGUUCCUCGGCUGUCAACAGUCCUGACACAGCCGCCAUUCCUAUGUCCGCGGUCCUUGCCAGGUGGCGUGCUCCUAACCCGUUGAUCCUCCCAGGAGCUGUCAGCUGCCCAAAAGUGCCACCCUCAAUCCAGCUCGCAGCAGGCGCCGUGCCGCAAAAAAACUGUCGGAAGACUUGUCCGAGCACUGCACAGUUGUUGCGGAACGUCUUCUUCGUCGAGGGUCGUUCACACACAGUGGUCACAAAUGCAUCGCAGAGAAACGCAUCUUUCCACUGCCAUCCCCCUUUGUCAUUGUGUGCAGUGUUGGGCAUCUUUGUUCAACGGAAAUCGCGUCUCUAGUCACAACUGACAGAUUUUUCGGGGCCAGUUCCCCUCAAAGAGUGUGUUGUUGUACGUGUGCAUGUGCUGGUGUCAGGAACCGACGCUGUGGCGAGGACAGUCUUUCUAGAGGGCAGCUGUUGAGGCUUUUUUUAAUCUGGCAGUGAGCUCGCCACUCCUUUUCUUGUUGCGUUAUCUCGUCGUUUUGAGUAUGUGUCGGUGUUUCGAGAGCCGAGGAGAGUUUUUAAACACCUAAUCAGGCUUGCCGAGCGGGGGAAACAGGCGUUAGUCGAGAUUUUCCGCGGUUUUAUAUAUAUAUGCAACGCGUGCAUGUAACAUAGCCAAUUGCCUACGUUAUAGGAGAUCUAGAAAUAAUAGCUCUUCGAACGUUUCCCCGAAGAACUACUUGCCAGAUUCUGGGAUUAGUGUUCUGUAAAUAAGAGUUACACAUGGAUUUAAAAAAAAGAGAGAGAGAGAGACAAUGAUUAAAGUUGCUUGUUGAAAGAGA